AUGUGGCCCUUGGCAUCGAUCCUGCUCUUCCCGGUGCUGAGCGAUGCAAAGCUGCGCACAACAACGCCUCCGCCGGAAGCGGGCGUCGUCACGCCGUUGCAAGAUGGGAUUCCUGGUUUGGCAAGCAGGGCUUCGUUAGCUCCGCUUCGUGCUGAGUUGCUCAGAGUUUCUGAGGAUCUUGCAUCCAUAGGAGAGAGAGUCAAGCAGUUGGCCCAGCGAUUGAACGAGCUGGAAGGUUCAGCGAGCGAGGAUUUAGAGUGGGAGGUGAUCGAGGAAGGGAACCUGCCCCUUGGGGUGUCAGACCUGGAAUUCCCCUACCCAGGUGCAAGUCAGGUCCCGCAGGCACAGCCGAUACCCUCCGUGCCUAGGUACCUGUCGGAUUUGUGUCAGGAGAGCUUGAAGUCAGUUGCAUCCAUUUCCCCCCUGGAACGAGCUCAGAGGGCUUUCACUCAGGGACAUCUGGCCUGGGUGGCCAGAGUGACCGGGCUGCACUAUAGACCAGCAGACGCGGUGCCUGCGCUCCCGAGCGCUCAUUUCGUAGUCGUAGUCAUCCGGGGUCUGGGACUUAGUCAAGCUCUUAGGACAACCACCAAGCGUGAAGCCCCGUGCCUUGGCAGUUCAGGACGACACAGCUAUCAUUGCACGCAUCUGCGUGCCUCCACUGAAGCGAUGCGGGACCCAAAUCUUCUAGUGUUCUCAAUCCCUUCGGAGGUUUCAAAGACCGGAGGAAAUUUGCAGGUUUUCGCUAUACCUGUCCUGCAGAGGGACGGGGGAUUUUUGGUUGCACUACCAGUGGAGUCAUUUUCGAAUGAAGCUCUGGAGACAGCAGCACAUGCAGACGAGCACGAACUUUUGGGGCCUUCUCACACAUGUGUCGCUCAGCUCAGCGAGGAAGACGAGAAUGGCCAAGAGGUCAUGAUAGACCAGGAGAUCCUGGUCCUCUUGCAUUGGGCACGGAUGCCCUCAGACCUCUCUCAGAAGAGGCGUAGACAGGUCCACUUGAAUCGUGCAGUCCACAUCAUUGUUUUGGCUUUGAACUACUACCACAAUGGUGGCCCAUGCAAGCUGGAUUUGUUGGGGAGAGCUCCUUCUACUUCGCACCGGAGAAGGAGCUUGAUAAGGUCAGAGGGCCAAGUUGCGAUUCCAUGUAUUGCAAACUCUGGCCGUAGGUUACCUCAAUUAGUUGCAAGGUUGUCAGAGCUUUCAGUGGCAUUGACGGCUAUGGGGCCCUCCUGUAACCCCUAUGACCGAAGCUUCGAUGGCUUUGAAGUGCUUCCGGAUACGGAGGCUGAUGAGUUGAAACCGUACAGGAACCUGGACUCAUCCAGACUGGUUUUAACAGGCAGAGGGGCAUGGGAUGCCACAGAGUAUCUCGAGGACGAACUAGUACUGGCCUACAGAGAGCCGGCCUCUCUUUUGUUCAGCCAUGAACCAUGUCCGUCACAGGUCCCAGCAAUUUCUGACCAUCCUUCGGAAGUGGCAGCGCUGGCGAGACUUUGGGACAAUCAAGAUCCGAAGAUCAUCCGCUUGCCCAGGACCACCGCAAAGGAGUUAGUUCUGGCCUCGGUACUAGUCCCACUCAUGUGCGCCGAACUUAGUGCAGAGUUCAGCACUCAGGUUUUCUGUAGUGAUGCCUCAAGUAAUGUGGGGGCUUUUUGUGCAGCCACUGUGCCGCGUGCAGUCUCGAGAGUGCUUUGGAAAGUCUGUAAGUCAAAGGGUGCAUACACACGCAUGAUGUCCCCGGUUGAAGCGGAGAUCUUUAAGCUCGGAGGCUCGGAAGAGUUCGAAGGGAAGGAAGAGGUAAAGCCGACCUCGAUCAGAAGGCCCCUGGCCUAUCGGUUUGACUUUAUAGAACUUUUCGCAGUGGCCGCAAAGGUCACCCAUUCCAUGGAAGCAAAGGGCUGGUCAGCAUGUGGAAAACUCACGAAGGCUAGUGCCAUGUAUACUGAUGGGCUGGCAGACGCCCUAGCCACUGUCCUUUCAGAGGCCAUCAAUGCCAGGGCCAGCGCAGACAUCGAGUGGGAUCAAGUCCAGACGGCAGGGCUUGAGAAUGCUUUAGUGAACCAGGUUUACUACGGGCAGGUGAACUCCUACAGGCCCGACGCCAAGACCUACGGCGCCAGUUGCUCCCAACGCCUGUUCGAGCUCUUGGGCAACCCCUCCUACGACGCCUAUACGGAUUGUGUGGAGGAAGGGCUGAAUCACAGCAUCCUUCCACACAGCAGUGCUGCGAUCAAUGCCCAAUGCUGGUGUAAGUGGAACAUGAGCGGCUUCGUGCGUUCGCAGGGCUGCAGUGAGCACGCCAAUUGGAAGUGGCUCAUGCAAGUGGACUGCCAUAGUGAUUGCAGUGACGCUGGCGCUGCUGAUUGCCGAAGCUGCCCUGCCUUUUGCUUUGAGGGUGCCACUGGACUUCCGGGCUGUGAGUGUCAUGACCAAUGCCUACGCUACUUGGGUUGUUGGCCAUCCAAUCACACGCAGGAGCCAGGCGAAUCACAGAACAGUUCGGACCAGGUGUGCGAUGCCAGUUUUAUCCGCAGAAGCCAAAAGAUGCAGGACUUCGGCAGCUGUGCCGCAUCCAACUUCACGUACAGCAACCGCUGGACUUCACUGUCUGACACCUACCAGUGCCUUUGUCAGACCAACUUGCAGCAGGAGCUUCAGAAGAGGAACUGUUGCGAGGACUCCCACAGCAACCUGUCAGCGCAUGGAUUCUGCCAGGCCAAUUGCUCCUUGGACUGUCGCAGCCGUGAGGCCAUCGAGUGCCAAACGAACUGCACCCAGUGGUGCCAGUCGGGCAGCUUCACUAAGCCGGACGCGCCGGAGUGCACGGAGAGAUGCAUGGCUGAUGCGGCACCGUGCCAUCGCUACAAGGUUUGCCCGGCACCGAAGCCCGCCUUCCCCUACGUUUGUGACGAUGGUGGAGCGCCGAGCCCCAAUGGUUGCUGCAGCGGUGUCUUCGAUACAGACCGCUGCCCCCCUCUUGUGCAAGGUGCAGUUCCGGACGACGGUGCUGUCGCAGACGGGACUGAGCGCCAAGUGCACCUGUGCUGGGUGUCCAGCGACAGAGCCGGAUGCCAAACGCUUGAUGAACAAGACCCUGAUGGAGGUCUUUGCGACUUGGAAAAGCGCUUUUGGAGUUUGGGGCCGAACGGUGGUUGGAGGGGUUGGGCAGAAACCCGCUCGGGUGCAGAGUAUAUGAAGACGACGCGAAAGAAGCCGCGGCAGCAUCGGUUUGACCGCUUGAAACGGACCGUCUGGCAAAUGAUGAUGGAGGGAUCGAAAGGGACUUUGGGUCCAAAGAGACUUCGGAUUGCGAUGUCGAAGACGUCCUUGGCUGCGUUGCUUCACCGGCUGCGCUCGAGUGGGGCUGCGAUGAUGUUCCUCACCUCUUCGCUUUCUUUUUCGGAGCACAGAAACCCGAGGGUCGCAGGGGCCAUUUGGGACCCUUAAUCCCUGGGGACCCGACAGGGAUCUUGCACUUCAGUGACUGAGGAACGCGCCGCGACGAAGCAGAUGAUGUUCAUCGUGGUGACUCGACACCUGAAUGGAGU